GUUCAUUACUGCAGGAAAACUGUUUUCUCCUGAGGCACAGAGAAACUUGCUCCUACCGGCUCAGGAGUUUGGUGGGAUAAAACCCAUCCUGGAGGACAAUGGCUACCUACGCCCUGCAAAUCGCUGGACUGGUGCUUGGUGGUGUUGGCAUGGUGGGCACGCUGGCUGUCACCAUCAUGCCUCAGUGGAGAGUGUCUGCUUUCAUCGGAAGCAACAUUGUGGUUUUUGAAAACUUCUGGGAAGGACUGUGGAUGAAUUGCGUGAGGCAAGCUAACAUCAGGAUGCAAUGCAAAGUCUAUGAUUCCCUGUUGGCGCUCUCUCCGGACCUACAGGCAUCCAGAGGGCUGAUGUGUGCUGCCUCUGUGCUGUCCUUCCUGGCUUUCAUGACCGCUGUCCUGGGCAUGAAAUGCACCAAGUGCACUGGGGACGACGAGAAAGUGAAAGGUCACAUCUUGCUAACGGCUGGGAUCAUCUUCAUCGUCACAGGCGUCCUGGUGCUCAUCCCAGUGAGCUGGGUUGCCAAUUCCAUCAUCAGAGAGUUCUACAACCCGAUAGUGGAGACUGCCCAAAAGCACGAGCUUGGAGAUGCUCUCUACAUAGGUUGGACCACGGCGCUGGUGCUGAUUGCUGGCGGGGCACUGUUCUGCUGUGUUUCCUGUUACAGUGAAAAGAGCCGAAGCUACAGAUACUCCGUCCCUUCCCAUCGCACAACCCAGAAAAGCUAUCACAUGGAAAAGAAGUCACCGAGUGUGUACUCCAGGAGUCAGUAUGUGUAG